AUAAAAUUACUAACCGCAAUGAAGGUUCUUUUAAAAAUACUUGCCAUCUGCGCACUGGUGUAUAGCACCACAGGUUUUGCGUUGAAUAUACAAUUAUCCGGAGGUGCAUACCAAACAGUUGCAGAAUCCAUAAAAAUUAUUUCCCACAUUAUCUUUGGUACGUCUCUGAGUGCAAAUCCUCUAGACCUAAACGCAUCAGUAGACAAUACAAAAUUAAACUGUUGGAAGAACUACACUGAAAAUAAUAUCAAAGCAUUAUCCAGCAGUGGUUCGGCUAUCAAGGAUUGUGUCGGUGUCAGCAACGAAGAUAUCGAUGCAUACUUUAGUGUAAACAAUUCUGAUGAUUUUGAAGGUGAAUUCACUGUCAAAAUGAUCAGUUGCUUGCCAAAUAUUGAACAAAUAAACUGCUUCACAAAAACUAUUGUUAAUGAUUUGCAAGAGAUGAGUUCCACAACUACGAAUGAUUCCGCGAGUACCGAGUCCUGCGUUCAGAAUCAACUCAACAAUGUUGUGGCACAAAUGAAUUCAGCCUCCGAUAAAUUAACUUUCUGUCUAACUCUUGCUGAUCUUUAAGACAAGAAAAAGUAAAACUAAUAUAUCAAGGCGAUUUCUGGUUUUAAAUGGUGUUAAAGAAAACCAUUAACUAAAAUAUGGUUAGAUAAAAAAUAGUGAAUACACAAUAUAUAUAAACUAUAUAAAAAAUAUUAUUUAAAAAGAUC